AUGGAAAACCACCACGAUAUUGCUUGUUCAAGUCAAAAAUCAAAGAAAAUCACCAAAGACAGUGGAAAAGAUGAAAUUUAUAUGGAUAGUUGCCAAAGUUGGAUAAUUGUGAUAGCAGCCUUUUUCUCAAAUGCAAUCAUCGAUGGGAUCAUAUAUACAAUGGGCAUGAUAGAAAAUGAGUUGUCAGUUGAGUUUAAUGAAAGUAAAGUAGCUACAUCUUGGGUUCCAUCUAUUGUUUCUGGGAUGCCGUUGUUGGGAGGACCAAUUGCAUCGCAUUUCAUAAAAAAGUACAAUUGCCGUACAGUAGCCAUCGUUGGAUCAAUAUUGAGUGUAAUCGGUUGCUUAAUUAGUGCAUAUGCACUUAAUAUCACUACUACUAUAAUUACAAUUGGUUUUGUAACGGGAACAGGUUUUAGUUUCAUCUAUUUGUCGGAACUAGUUAGCGUUACUACGAAUUUUGAAAAAUAUCGUUCCGUGGCAACCGGACUGGCCGCAUCUGGGACUGGAUUUGGAACUUCAACAUUUGCUCCGCUUGUUGCUUUUUUCAUUGAAAAUUUUGGAUGGCGUACAACUUUGCUUAUUCUUGGCAUGAUUGUAUUAAGUUGUAUUAUAUUCGGUGCUUUAUUUCGACAAAACAAAGUUCCGGAAACAAAUAAGAGUAUGAACACAGAUCAAAAUGAUAACAGCC